AUGGCCACAUCUCAAAAUCUUCCAUUCGAUCCAUUUACACAGAACGUCACUUUCCGCCAUGCAAAUGGCGGCCACUUCGAAGUAUCGGUCAAAGCGCUGGAUGUCUUCGUCAUGUACAAUGUCCGGGUGUGCAUCAAUUAUGGUUGCCAGUUUGGGGCAUCGUUCACCUUGCUGGUGAUUCUUCUGCUUUUGACUCAAUCUGACAAGCGCCGGUCGGCGGUUUUUAUCAUGAACGGCCUGGCAUUGUUCUUCAACAGCGGGCGUCUGCUUUUUCAAGUCAUCCAUUUUUCCACGGCAUUUGAACAGGUAUACCCAUACGUUUCCGGCGACUAUUCAACUGUGCCAUGGACCGCGUAUGCCAUUUCCAUCGUGGCUGUUGUUCUCACUACCCUGGUCGUUGUCUGCAUUGAAGUAUCGCUUGUGAUUCAAGUCCAUGUGGUUUGCUCUACGCUACGUCGUCGAUACCGACAUACCUUACUGGUGUUAUCUGUCCUGGUCGCCCUGGUGCCGAUCGGAUUUCGCACUGCAUGGAUGAUUGCGAACUGCAACGCCAUCAUUACACUUACCUACAUGUCUGGAAUAUGGUGGAUAGAAAGCGCAACGAACAUCAGCGUCACCGUCAGUAUCUGCUUCUUCUGUGUUAUCUUUGUCACCAAACUCGGAUUCGCCAUCAAACAGCGCCGCCGACUCGGGGUGCGCGAAUUCGGUCCGAUGAAAGUCAUCUUCGUCAUGGGAUGCCAGACCAUGGUCGUCCCGGCCAUCUUCUCCGUCAUACAGUACUACAUCACUGUGCCAGAACUAACCUCCAACGUGGUGACCCUGGUCGUCAUCUCACUCCCACUCUCGUCAAUCUGGGCCGGCGCCGCCCUCGAGCACUCACGACGUACCGGAAGCCAAGAACAUCCACGUCGACGAAACUUAUGGCGGAGCCUUGUCGGCGGCGCCGAAAGUUUACUGUCUCCCACAAAGGAUACUCCAACGAGCUUGUCUGCUAUGACUGCUGCGCAGACUCUGUGCUACUCGGACCACACAAUGAGCAAGGGCUCAUACAACUCGCGGGACACCGAUGCUUUCUAUGGAAUAACAGUCGAACACAAUAUUUCGAUCGAUCGAGUUCAAAGGAAGAAUUCAGUGGUGUGA